AUGGCCCGCAGCGGCCAUGACGAGGCGGAACGACAACCUGACUCCCUCCACGAUAGUAACACUGAUACUGGUUGCAGCUUCUAUGAAGUUGACAUUGAAGUAUCUCGAGGCGAAAGUCAGCAGGACGCAACUGCUUGCGAGUACGAGAAUGACGACGUUCACACUGCUCGAGAAGACGACGUGGAAUAUUGCCAUGACAGCGAAAGUGACGAGAGUAGCUAUCAAAGUGCUCUGUCUGCUGAUGAACGAGAAAGAGCUAUUCGACGUGGUGUCUUUAAGGGAAUCAUGUGUGGCUAUGUUACGGACAUGUUUCGGAUUUUCUUUCGUUUUAUAUUCGAAACCAUCAAGGACUUGUGCAUGAGACUGUAUAGAUGCAUCAAGAGAGGGAAUGGAAGGGAAAGUGAGGACCAUGCCAUGCCACUGGAAGAUGCCCUCGACUAUGCGAUGGGCCUCGAAGAUGCAGGUCGUGCCGUCGAGCUUGGGCAGAGCUUACACAACACUAGUGCUCAUGCUAACAUCACUGCCGCAACUGGUUCUUCCACAACCACCGGUACCACCACCGCCACAACUCAAGCUGCAACCUCAACCAUGGCUGGGCAAAUGGCAACCACUGCAGCACAAAGCGCUGCAACAGCUACUGCGACCGCGGCGGCUUCAGCAACCACUAUCGCCAGUACUGUUGUGAGCGCAGUUGCUUCUGCAGGAGUUGCCACCCAAGUGGGGGUCGCGGUGGGGGUUGCAGCUGUUUCUGCGGCUGCUGUUGUUUCUGGGGUGGCCAUGGCACCAGUUUCAGCCCCAGUCCCAGCUUCUCCAUUUGUGGCUACUGAUGAUUUCUAUGGAAGACCACCUCCACCCCAAGGUGACUUUGUGCCGCCACCAUGUACAGGCAGUUCCGAUUUUAAACAAGGAUACGUUGAGUUACAGAUACAAGCGCUGCCAGAAGGAGCCCUACCAGACUACAGGGAUCACAUCGAGGCAUUGUUCCGAGAGGUCUACAACAACAUCUCUGGGAUGUGUUUGGAUCCAUUCAUUCGGGUAGUUCACAAUGCCACGAUUGAGGACUGGGAAACCUUUGUGAUUAUGGGAGAUGAUGAUGGAACAGAUGGCUCUACUGUGACCACCGUGUUCUGGCUAGCAACAGUUGCUUGCAACGGGUGUCCUGACUUUGAACCUCUUUUUGACUCAACAUCCAUAGAUGAGGAUGACACCGGCGUCCACAUAUUUGAAAUUGAAGAGAAGCCUGCCAGAACCGAUGGGACACAGUCAUCGCCACCAAACAUCUCACAACUAGAGACAAAUUCAGAAGUCUUGACUAGCAAUCAGAAUGCAUAUGAACCAAAUCAGAAAGGUUUGGGGCAUCAACGGCGUGAGCUACAACAAGAACAACUUGGAGCUCCAUCUAUCAAUCAAUUUCUUGGCUUGUUUGCAGCAACAUUGGGGUACAAUUUGGGUCCCAUGCUCCACAAAGAGAGUGAAGGAACAGUGGUGGUUGACGACAAUGUGGGAUUAUCCACUAGGGUUGUCUUUGCCACAACAAGGGCAGCACCAGGAUUCAAUGGCACCUUGAAUAAUUCCACCCUGGGCGUUGGCAAUGUGAUUGCUUCCGUCGGAAAAGAGGCUCUUGAAGAGUUUGAAGAAUUCAUUGAGACCAAUGAUGGUGUCAUUCAAGCGCCCUUUUCCAACCAGCUCAAUGCCUUGUCAGAGUGUUUCAUCAAUGAUAAUAGAAAGGUAGUGGCUAUCAAUCAAGGCCAAACAAAUCCUGUCUGUGAACAACUUGAAGCUCUUCUGGAGGAUGACUCAGCUCCCAAUCAAGUAGAUGAGGAGAUCCUUACAGCUUGUAUUUUAAAUCCAACUGCUAAUGACUGCCAAGAACUGCUGGUUGACAUAUUUGAUGGAUUUGAUGAGACCUUUGUGGAGCAGGAGCCAGGCAAUGAAACAAGUAAUCACGAUGGCCGGAAUGAGAACAGCUCACCGACUACUGGAAAUGAACCAGAGACGCCAUCGGGGAUUCCAAACACAGUUGCAGGCGCAGAGGCAGAGGCAGGACUUGGUAUUGCACCAAGUGAAACAACCAAUGAUAUGGCACGAACUGCUGCACCCAGUGCAUAUCAUACUGCAUCGCCCAUUUCCAUACCAAACAAUGCCCCAGUUGAAAAUCCCGCCAUCCCACAACAGUAUCAAAGUUAUACCGAUGAGCCAGCAUUGCCACCAACCAGCUCAAAUGAUUUAAUCAUGCCAACAGCAUACAAUGACCAGAGUAAGGUGCCAAAUGCUUUGCCUAAUGGUGCACCCGAGAGCAACCUAGAUGUUGUCGUCCUACCUGUGGUGGCUCCAGUGUCACCAAACAUGGCAUCUCAACCACAUUUGGAGCCACCUAGCCCUGAAGAAGCCACUGCUGAUACAGCUUCACCUGUUGUACCAGAAGCUGCUGCAGAUACCAGUCUGUCGGCCAAAACAUCAUAUGGCUUGAAUGCAUUUACAAACAAAGGUGCAUUGCAAGAUACAUUUGUGGUCCCAGUAAGGCCAACAACACCAUCACCCACUGUUGAUGCAAAUAUUUCCCCUGAAACAGAGCACGAGUUGCAAAAAUUUUCUGUUGUAGGUGGUGGAGACAGCCUCUCAUCAGUGCCGGUCACUUACACCGAAUCACUUCAUUCACCAUCGGUGCCCCUUCGUUUUGGUGCUACAGUGGAGCCAUCUGUGAGGCCAUCUGCAGAGCCCACUGUAGAGACCACCAGUGAGAACACUGUUCAAGUUACUCCACAGAGCCCUCUUCAACCAACGACGCAGCCAACCCCUGGGCCCUCAUCCCAGGUGACACCUUCUGGAGAGCCCACUGUAGAGACUACCAAUGAAAACACUGUUCAAGUUACUCCACAGAGCACUCUUCCACCAACUAUGCAGCCAACCCCUGGGCCCUCACCCCGGCCCACUGAGCUGCCCACCCCUGGACCCACAUUUGAACCAACUGAGCAGCCCACGCCUGGGCCCACAUUUGAACCAACUGAGCCGCCCACCUCUAGGCCGACCCCUUGGUCCCCAUCAGAAAGUGGUCUCACUCCCACCUCCAGUACAGGUAGUGGCACGCCAACAGAGCAACCAACAAUUGAAGAGUGCAAUGUGGCCUUUGAUACUUACAACAAAUUAUACUAUUUGACUCUUGAGGGUGAUAUUGGUGUGCUUCUGGAUGAUGAUGUGACUGAUGCUUUCGAAACAGCUCAUGGAGGCAUGAAUUCAACAGUUUGUGAUCCAAUUCUCAUUGAUAUUGAAGUGGAAGGGCGGUACACCAGGCGGCGCCUUCAGGAAAUAAAUCCACAAAUUGGACUACGCAUACAAACAUUGCAGACAAGCCCUGGGUUGCCACUGCCUGUUGGAUCUGAUGUCACUGCACUUGUGAAUAGUAUCAGUUCUGUGCUUCAAGGAACUGGAGUAGUUGCCAUUCUUUUCAGUGACACUCUUCAAACUCGAGUACCCACCAGUGCACCAACAAAACCCCCCACAACAAAUCCAACACUAGCUCCAACAGAGUUGUCAACAAUUGCCCCUAUUCCUCAGCCCACAGUACCACCAGGGAACCCAACCAGAGCUCCAACAGGAACACCUUCUACAACCCCCACCAUUGUUCCAAGUGAGUCUCCAACCACAUCACCAACAUCGGUUCCAACUGAAAAACCAAUAAGUGUACCCACCAAUGGCCCAACGCUUCAACCCACUGUAACUCUAGGACGUCCAAGCAAGGUACCCUCUGAGACUCCAACAAAGGUGUCCACAGUUGGCCCUACACCUCUGCCCACUGUGACUGUGAGCAAUCCAACCCAAGUGCCAUCCUUGACACCUACUAAACCUCCAACUAAUAUUCCUACCAAGGUACCUACACAUGCCCCAAUACCGGUACCUACUGUCUCGCCAGGAAACCCAACCAAGGAACCCACUAAAACCCAAACCAAAAUCCCAACAACACCUACUGAUGUGCCUACAGUUGGCCCAGCAGCUCUACCAACCAAAGUACCCACAAUCGCCCCAACACCACAGCCCGCUGCCUCUCCAGGCAACCCAACCAAUAAGGCACCCACAAGAACCCCAACCAACCCUCUUACCAAUAUGCCAACAAACUUACCUUCCAAAGCCCCCAGUGAAGCUCCAACCAAUGUCCCCACAACUUCGUCACCUACAGUUGCCCCUGACACCCCAAAUGUCAUUGGCGAUAGAACAGAGCUCAUAGCGGCAUUGCAAGCUGGAGACUUCAGUGCAACAUCUACCUAUGGCGCCAUUGAAACGUGGGAUGUCACGCGUGUCACAUCUUUUCAAGAUGUGUUUGCUGCAGCUGGAGGCUACUCAGGCUAUGCAUCUUUCAAUGAAGAUAUCAGUUCCUGGGAUGUCAGUGCUGUGACCACUUUCCAUAACACAUUCUACCAAGCAGCAGCCUUCAACAAAGAUCUAACCAACUGGGACACAAGCAAGUCUGUGAACCUUGAAGGAAUGUUUCAAGAAGCAACUGUUUUCAAUGGAGACCUUUCUGGUUGGAAUGUUGCAAAGGUCACCUCAAGCGCAUUCAUGUUCCAGAACUCUAAUUUCAACCGUGACAUUUCAACCUGGAACGUGGCAGCAGUUCAGUCAUUCAACUACAUGUUUGCUGACACUGCCUACAACCAACCAAUGCCAUUGUGGUCCACAGCUGCUGGAACCAAUUUUCUGUUCAUGUUUAAAAGCAAUACAGAUUUUAACCAAGACAUACAAAAUUGGGAUCUCUCAAGUGCGACAACCACUGCAAACAUGUUCUCUGGGGCCAGUUCAUUUGACCAGGACAUUUCAAUUUGGAAUGUAAACAAAGUGAGGAAUUUCCAAGCAAUGUUUGCAAAUUCGGCCUCUUUCAAUCAGCCGAUUACAGCAUGGCAGGUAGGAAAUGCUGUGAACAUGUUGCAGAUGUUCCAAAACUCUGCUUUCAACCAAGCAAUUGGUACAACCUGGGACAUUAGCCAAGUCACCAGCUUCAAUUCCAUGUUCAAGGGAGCUGCAUCACUGGACCGAGAUUUGUGCAAUUGGGGUAACAACCUUCUUGUUACAGCCACUGUGGUUGACAUGUUUGCUGGAGCCUUUGCUUGUCCUUCACAAUCAGAUCCCAACACAGGGGCAAGUCCAAUUGGCCCGUUUUGCCAUACUUGCUGA